GUGCUGGGAAGUAUAGGCUGUGUUGUCACGCCGGUGUCAGUCUGAUGAAGAUUGGCAUCAGGUGAAGUCUGGAGCAGGACUCUGAGGCUUUCUGUGUCCUCCAUGCCGCUUACCAGAAGAGGGACUGUGAAUUAUCCUCGAUGUGAAUCAAUCCCAUGAUGCAACAUGCCUCCCCAGCCCCAGCUCUGACGAUGAUGGCCACGCAGAAUGUCCCUCCCCCACCCUACCAGGACAGUCCACAGAUGACGGCAACUGCUCAGGCCCCUUCUAAGGCCCAGGCUGUCCACAUCUCCGCACCCUCAGCUGCUGCCAGCACUCCCGUGCCCAGUGCCCCCAUUGACCCCCAGGCCCAGCUGGAGGCUGACAAGCGAGCUGUGUACAGGCACCCUCUUUUCCCGCUCCUGACGCUGCUGUUUGAGAAAUGUGAACAGGCCACCCAGGGCUCUGAAUGCAUCACCUCCGCCAGCUUUGAUGUGGACAUCGAGAACUUUGUCCACCAGCAGGAGCAGGAGCACAAACCCUUCUUCAGCGAUGACCCAGAACUGGACAAUCUGAUGGUGAAGGCAAUCCAGGUCCUGAGAAUCCACCUGCUGGAGUUGGAGAAAGUCAAUGAACUCUGCAAGGACUUUUGUAACCGUUACAUCACCUGCCUCAAAACAAAGAUGCACAGUGAUAACCUGCUCAGGAAUGAUCUUGGAGGGCCCUACUCCCCCAACCAGCCCUCCAUAAACCUUCACUCACAGGACCUCCUGCAGAAUUCCCCCAAUUCCAUGUCUGGAGUCUCCAAUAACCCCCAGGGAAUCGUGGUCCCAGCCUCAGCGCUCCAGCAGAGCAACAUCGCCAUGACAACGGUCAACUCACAAGUGGUGUCAGGUGGAGCCUUAUACCAGCCAGUUACCAUGGUAACCUCCCAGGGUCAGGUGGUCACCCAAGCAAUCCCCCAGGGAGCCAUCCAGAUCCAGAACACACAGGUUAAUCUUGACCUCACCUCCCUCCUGGACAAUGAGGAUAAGAAAUCCAAGAACAAACGAGGAGUCUUGCCUAAGCACGCCACCAAUAUCAUGCGUUCUUGGCUCUUCCAGCAUCUCAUGCACCCCUACCCUACGGAGGAUGAGAAGAGGCAGAUCGCGGCCCAGACAAACCUCACCCUCCUUCAAGUAAAUAACUGGUUCAUCAAUGCCCGGAGGCGCAUCCUGCAGCCCAUGCUUGAUGCUAGCAACCCAGACCCCGCCCCUAAAGCCAAGAAGAUCAAGUCACAGCACCGGCCCACCCAAAGAUUCUGGCCCAACUCCAUUGCUGCGGGGGUGCUGCAGCAGCAGGGUGGCACCCCAGGGACAAACCCUGACGGUUCCAUCAACUUGGACAACCUGCAGUCCCUAUCCUCAGACAAUGCCACCAUGGCCAUGCAGCAGGCUAUGAUGGCUGCACACGAUGACUCAUUGGAUGGGACAGAAGAAGAAGAUGAGGAUGAGAUGGAAGAGGAAGAGGAAGAGGAGCUGGAGGAGGAGGCCGACGAGCUUCAGACGACGAAUGUCAGUGACCUGGGCUUGGAACACAGUGACUCCCUGGAGUAGUCGGCAUCCCAGAUGGCACUGAUCACCGAGCAGGAGAGGAGUGUCGUCAGGAGGGCUUUAGGGUGGGGGGGAAGGGGACAUGGGCAGGCAGCGCCGAGGAAGUUGGGCCCCAGCUUCCCAAAAUCCGUAGCUUGAAGAAAUGCAGAGGAGAUACCUGCUCCUUCCCAACCACCAAGCUUCUAUGAUACCCCAGCCCCACUUCCCUAGAACUGUGGAGGACUCCGUCUGGUGGGGCCAGUCAAGCAGGAGUGAGAUCUGGACUCACCAAAUCCCCAAGGACAGAUUGCACCCAUGGGCCCCCCACCGAAGGACUUGAGUUGUUUACAAGCCCUGCACUGUGAGGCGGUCAGUGCUUUUCGCAGAGCGAGUCUUUGCCAGGGGACAGAGUUAGGAGGAAAGGGAGAGACAAAGGGGGUCUGGAUUCUACCCCCAGAAGGUUCUCAGCUCUUUUGAGAGACAUUCAAAGGCGAGAGGAAGCCCAAACACGCAGCCGGCGGCUGGAGGAGUGGGGGGGCCUGAGGCAUCACAUCUUGCACAUCGGGUGGGACCUGGAUUCCGCAGGGCUCCAGCUCAUUCCUCCAAGGCCCCGUCUCUGGGCUCGGGCAACCACGGACUCGGGGGAGAGGGACGGAGCCACCAGAGCCCACCUGUCUCUCUCCCCUGGAAACAAAUGGUAAGAUGGUGGGCUCCAACUAUGGGAGGUUAAGAGGAGUCCCUUCACCUGGGUUGACUCCGGGACCCAAGGAGACGGCAGAACCUGGGCUAGGAGCCUAUCGAGGUGACUUUGGGGACCACAGCUGUCCCUAGGUGGUCACGGAACUCAGCUCCUAUAACAACAGGGUGGUGGUGUCUUAUCCCAGAUGUUCCAGCCCUCGGAUGGAGCUGCUCAUAUGUUCUGCCCACUCCAGAGGCCAUCAGAGACGGUGGAGCCAGGUCAGCUCGGAAUCUUCCCAUCCCUCAGCCCCCACCCCCACUGCGGGCCCUCUGCUCCAGGCCGGCGCCAUCAGCCUCCAUCUUCUCUUCAUUCUAUCCUUCGGAGAAGACAGAAGAAACAUUGGAGAAAAGCAUCCAACUUAAUGGGAAGCCAGGGGUUGGAGAAGGUGCUACAUUCCUCCUCCCAUCAAUAUCCAAAGUGUGGGGGAGGCCCAGAGAAAUGGCACCCAAGAGCCAAGUGGUGCCCCACCCCACCCCACCCACCUCGUUAAUCUACAUACCACCAUUACACACAGCACGGGAGGAACUGGGGCUCCGGCAAGGAGGAGGCUUUCCGCCAUCUGCGCUAACACACACCUUCCCACCCCAACUUCCAGGCCCCAAGAUUGGCACCCCUUAUUGCCCCUCCCUCUUACCCCUAUGGCUGUGAAUGACAGGACUGGUCACACGUGUGUUCUCCAUUGGAUUUAAUUUAAUGGACUUGCAGUUUCACUUGUAAAUUGUGCAUUGGCCAUCUCCUUCAGUGGCAGAAUGUGAGCGGCUCCCUGGCUCAGCUUGAGGGGACCCUCAGGGCCCUCUGGGGCUACCCCUCCCCCACCCGGUUGGGGUAGAGCGAAGGGAUGGUCGCUUUCCUGAGGUCUCCCUGAAAUGAAUGUAUUUCUCCCCCAAAAGAGCUGAUAUUUAAUGUUUUAAUAGGGAUUUUUGAGAAACAAA